AAGUUCACCUCAUGUCAUUCCACCAACCACCACCCCCACCCGGCUGUUUCUCUUCGCCUCACGCAUCUCCACUCCCCUCCAUCGUCGUGGCCCUUGAGUCGAGGGCUAUAUGACCCGGCCACCUGCCCUCUCUCAUCUACACACCUGUUCCAUCCAGCUCAAAGCCUUCGGGUGCCCUCCCCAGCCUCGCCAUGGCCACCGCCUCCGCCCCCAGUCCCGGCACAAUGGCGGCGGCGACUGCAGCUGCAGCCUCGCCCUUCUCCCUCACCGCCGCAGCCUCGCCCGUCACCACGCCAAGCGUCGUGAGCUCCGAAGUGCCCUCCACCAGAUCCCCAACCCCGCCCUCCGCCCGCAAGCACUCCUCCGGCGAGUUUCUCGAAAGCCUCUCCUCGCAGGUGCUCAACAUCUGCCUCAACCUCAAAGACCCCGAGCAUCCGCUGCUCAAACUCCACCAGUCCCCCGACUUCCGCAACAAGCACGACGCCCUGCCCCGCGCCACCAACGCCGCCGACCACCAUCGCUUCCUCGGCAAGCACCUCGCCGAGCAGCUGGACUUUCACGUCGAGAUUUACAACACCUCCUCCGAAGUCGACGAGAGUCGCGGCCGCGCCACCGUCUAUCUCUGGUACCUCAUCACCGGCCUGGCGCAUGGCUUAGAGCGGGAGGCCGUCGCCGUGCUCUCGUGGGAGCGCAAGCAGGGCACAUGGAUGCUGAUGAAGCACAUUGGCAUGCGCGGGCCCGCCGGCUUCUGUUGAGCGGUGGAUGACAAUGUUCAUCUCUCCCCACUGAAGGCGCUGGUCGCAGAAACCAACCAUCCUGACGCGGACUGUGCCAAAGCACGCGACCUGCAGUCUGAUGGCAAUCAUCACCUCAUGAUGCAAGCCGGUCGGCUCUCCGCGAAUCGUCACCCGCAACUCCACGCUAAAGGACAUCGUGCAAUGUGGCCACAACCUCGCGC